GUCAUUUUGGUUGGGGGCCAUGGGGGGGGCACUAAGGUACAUUUUGGUGAGGCUCCAGCCCCUGCCAGUACUUAUUUCUAAUAAUAAAGUGCUUCAGACCACUCGAUCAGUUACUAUAUACUGUCCUGUGUACUGUGGAGUGGUACAGACCACUCGAGCAAAAUGACGGUCCAGUGUCUUGUGUACUGGAAGGUGGGUGCUAAUGCUCGAGUGACUGAGUUCAUCCCCUAUGAGGGCAGUGAUUGAGUUCAUCCCCUAUGAGGGCAGUGCGUGCGUAUCGUCAAUGCCAGUGAUUGAGUUCAUCCCCUACGAGGGCAGUGCGUGCGUAUCGUCAAUGCCAGUGAUUGAGUUCAUCCCCUACGAGGGCAGUGCGUGCGUAUCGUCAAUGCCAGUGAUUGAGUUCAUCCCCUAUGAGGGCAGUGCGUGCGUAUCGUCAAUGCCAGUGAUUGAGUUCAUCCCCUACGAGGGCAGUGCGUGCGUAUCGUCAAUGCCAGUGAUUGAGUUCAUCCCCUACGAGGGCAGUGCGUGCGUAUCGUCAAUGCCAGUGAUUGAGUUCAUCCCCUAUGAGGACAGUGCGUGCGUAUCGUCAAUGCCAGUGAUUGAGUUCAUCCCCUACGAGGGCAGUGCGUGCGUAUCGUCAAUGCCAGUGAUUGAGUUCAUCCCCUAUGAGGGCAGUGCGUGCGUAUCGUCAAUGCCAGUGAUUGAGUUCAUCCCCUACGAGGGCAGUGCGUGCGUAUCGUCAAUGCCAGUGAUUGAGUUCAUCCCCUAUGAGGGCAGUGCGUGCGUAUCGUCAAUGCCAGUGAUUGAGUUCAUCCCCUACGAGGGCAGUGCGUGCGUAUCGUCAAUGCCAGUGAUUGAGUUCAUCCCCUAUGAGGGCAGUGCGUGCGUAUCGUCAAUGCCAGUGAUUGAGUUCAUCCCCUACGAGGGCAGUGCGUGCGUAUCGUCAAUGCCAGUGAUUGAGUUCAUCCCCUACGAGGGCAGUGCGUGCGUAUCGUCAAUGCCAGUGAUUGAGUUCAUCCCCUACGAGGGCAGUGCGUGCGUAUCGUCAAUGCCAGUGAUUGAGUUCAUCCCCUACGAGGGCAGUGCGUGCGUAUCGUCAAUGCCAGUGAUUGAGUUCAUCCCCUACGAGGGCAGUGCGUGCGUAUCGUCAAUGCCAGUGAUUGAGUUCAUCCCCUACGAGGGCAGUGCGUGCGUAUCGUCAAUGCCAGUGAUUGAGUUCAUCCCCUAUGAGGGCAGUGCGUGCGUAUCGUCAAUGCCAGUGAUUGAGUUCAUCCCCUAUGAGGGCAGUGCGUGCGUAUCGUCAAUGCCAGUGAUUGAGUUCAUCCCCUAUGAGGGCAGUGCGUGCGUAUCAUCAGUGCAGCAGUUAAGAAAUCAAUGUAAGACUAUCCCAGUAAUCAUGAAUAAUCAUCAAUAGCAAAACAUAAGUAGCCAGCUAAGCAGUCUCGCUAGACCUGUUCCUCUUGACUAGGAGGCGUGCCUGGUAAUGCAGCUGCUUUUAGCCUCCUAUUCAAACCUGUAGGACUGGUAGCACGGAGCUGGAGGCUGUAACAAGGCUUCUGAUCUCGCCAUGCUGAUGGACGUUAACAGAUGAAUUGAGGAAAUAAACGCUUUAAUACAGGGCUAGGACAGAAAACACUGAACAGGGUGCAGGACGGCACCGAUUCCACGUGGCUGCGAGCUGUGCACAGG